CCGCUAUGACGGCCAAUGUCGUCAGCUGAGCGUGUUGUGUCAGAGGCUGAUUUAAACUUCAAGUGCACGACUGGCGAACUGCUUGUCUGCCGUUGGAACUGCAUCAGAGGCGGAGAACUUUGUGCCAUUAAAGCCGCCUACUGAUGACGUUCUGCGUUUAAGACACGGACAAACCACAUACUCCGCAUUGGGUUAGAAAACCCUAGUGUGUUGGGGGAAUAUGCCGUAACUCCGAAACAAAGUCCGUUAUCUCUAAGCCAGGUCCGAUGAUUGACAGCUCCCUGACCUCCAGAGCCCCACCUCCACAGACGCUUUCCGUUUCAGCGCUUGUUCCUCCUGUAGAACCCUGGAGGUCAUUUAAGGAGCUGAGCUGAGGAGCUCAGGGGGACCAUCAUCAUGGCCGACCCUUCCUCCAUGUUGGUGACGGAGACCGUUCGCCCCCUGCUGGUGAGUGUGCAGCACUGCGCCCUCCAGCUGAGGACGGAGUUAGACCUGCUGCCAGCCCUCACCUGCUCCACGUGCUGCCUGCUGGGAAUACUCUACUGCUUCUGGGGUUACUGCUGCUUCCGGCUGGUGAUGUUUGUGUCGGGGUGUGUGUUGAGUGUGUGUGUGUCCUACCCGCUGUGUAAGCUGCUGGCUCCUGAUCUGGAGCUGGAGAUGGCGCUGGGGGUGUGUCUGGGCGUGGCCCUGCUGGUCGGCAUGGUGACCGCGCUGGUGCGGAGCGUGGCCAUGUUCCUGAGCGGCUUGCAGCUGGGCCUGCUGCUCUCUGUCGCCGCCCUGCUGGCUGUGGGCCAGUACUACGCCCUCAGCCCACUCUGGGUGCCGCUGGGAGUGGUCAUAGGAACAGCGGUCUCCUUCGCCGUCCUGACGCUGCUCUGGCAGAAGCCGCUGGUGCUGGUGUCCACGGCGACGCUGGGCGCUGCCAUGGUAACGGCUGGCGUGGACGUGGCGGUGGAGGCGCGGCCGCUGCUGAUGCGGGCGCUGGACGGGCUGGAGUGGGAGGAGCCAGAGGAGCGCAGGGGCAUAACGGGGGCAGAGCCUCAUCUAAUGUGCUGGUACACCUGGGUAAUGCUGGGGGCGUGGCCUGUACUGACACUGCUGGGAGUGAUCGUCCAAUGGAGACUCACGGCGUACAAACUCACACACAUGGAAGUGUGUGUGAGCCACCACCAGAAGCAGCUGCCUCUCAUGCAGAUCAGACAGAGAGAAGCUCGCCGCCGACCUCAAGGAGUUUACAGGAGACGACCUCCCCCUCUGAAACGCUACGCAGGAGAUGUACUGGCCCCAAGUUACCUGCGCCACCUGCAGGAGCGUCAGAGUGGUACGGGUUCGUCUCAGAGCAGCCUGAGCACCACACACACACACCACACCAUGAUCGACUUCGACUACGAGACGGGCUCUAUGGUCCCCCUCACAUCACCCUCCUCUUCCUCAUCUACGCUACGCAUCUGAGACACACACACACACACACACACACACACACACACACAUCACAUCACAUCACACCAUUAUGGACAGUGACAUACCCCACCACACCCUAACCCUCCAUCACACAGAGUCGCUCUGCACACGGCCCAAGGCCCAGAGGCCCUCCAGGAAAGCCACACACACACACACACACACACACACACACAC